CUUAGCCUCCUCCUAAAACGCGGCAGCGUGUCUGUAUAUGUAUCAUUAAUUAUACUGGUUAUUUACUUCAAAGAAUACACUUACUUAUACGUUAGCGAAGCUACUACAGCACCCGAAUUCGCAUCUUUGCCUGAUCUACAGAAAAUUUUAACAGUGGUGGUUUUUGGAGAUACCAAAAUGAAAAAUGGAUCACUUUCACCAGCAAACCCACCACCAACAGCUAAUCCAGCGGACGUUGAAACAGCUCGACAUGGAUGUACCAAGGAAAAACGCAAGAAAAUUAUCAUAGCAGUGGCGGUAAUUGGAAUAAUAUUAUUAGUAAUCGGAUUGUUUUAUCUAGGAUUUUCAGUUAAAGUAGAAACCUGCACAACCAGUCAAUGCGUACGCACCGCUGCAGAAAUCAGGAAAUACAUCGACACCCGAACAGAUCCAUGUGACGAUUUCUAUCGAUUCUCCUGUGGUAGUUUCUUGCAGAAUACAAAUAUACAAAAUACACAAGGCCAACAGAAGGGCUCACGUUCUGUUGAAGAUAUUACAAAGGAGGAGAUUUUACUACAACUGAAAGACAUGCUACAAGCACCAAUCCGAAGCGAGGAUUCGAAGGCAUUCAACGUGGCCAAAAAGUUUUAUCGUGCAUGCCUGAACGAGACGGCGAUCGCCCGAGAGGGAUUAGAAAAGAUAAAACAAAUUUUUGAGUUGAUCGGCGGUUGGCCCACCCUCAAGGGAUAUAAUUGGAAGGAAGAGACGUUCGAUUGGACGGAAGCGCUACAUAAACUCCGAGAGCUGGGACUCAACUUCGAUGUCUUUUUUCGUAUCACUGUUGACAGGGACCAGGGUGGAGAGAGAGCCACCCGCGGUUCCAGAUACAUUUUGCAGAUUCACGAAAUACCAUACAGCCAGAUGGAGUUCGGUUCCGAAGUCAAAUCCAUGGUCUUCGAAUAUAUGGUUCAAUUGUCAGUUAGAUUCGGAGCUAAUAGGGACACGGCUCAACAGGACGCCAGAGAAGUAUUGAGAUUGUUUCAGGAACUGUCCAGAAUUUCUAAAGAAUCUCGCAUAAAAAAUACGACCAAAGACGAUUACGAAAGACUGGCUCUUUCCGAAUUACAAUAUAAAUAUCCAGAAAUCAAAUGGCACUUUUAUAUAAACGGUCUAUUAAAGCCUGCUGAACAUUUUAACUAUGACGAUGAAAUUAUUGUCGUACAACCUCGAUACGUCGAAAUGAUGGAAGUUUUUUUAGGAGUAACAGCAAAAAGGUCAUUAGCCAAUAUAAUUUGUUGGCACACAUUGCAGUAUUUGAUCAGCUACAUGCCGGUCGAAAUUAUAGAACAAGUUUACGAACUUGUCGAAAGAAUAAAUGGCGAAAUGAUGAACUUCAGAGUUCCACGUUGGAAAACUUGCGUCCAAGAAGCCAAAAUACGUUUAAGUCCCGUCCUUAGUGCGGCUUACAUUCAAAAUUUCUUUCCCGAGGAGAAAAGGUACAAAGUUUUAACCAUGGUACGAGCCAUAAAAAAACAAUUUGAAGAAAAUUUGUUUAGAGUCGAAUGGAUGGAUUACGAAACCAAAGAAAUUACAAGACAGAAACUUCACGCGAGCGGCGAGAAGCUGGCUUCCUACGGAGAUUUGUUGAAUCUUCUAGAGGACAAUAAAAUAUUUGGACAGGUUGUCGUAAAUCAAGCAAAAUUUUUAGAUGCAGUGUUGAAUUUGAAUCUUGUUAAUUUUUAUCUAAUGCAAAGCAAAUUAAGGGAAUAUUAUGAAGAAGAUUCGUUUAAUGAUAUCGACUUUAUUUCUGGAUUGGAAGUAAAAUAUUCUUCGUUUGAUAACAUAUUGACCUUCCCAGUCGGCAUAUUCAGCGGUAUCUAUUACCAGAACGACCGUCCCGAGUAUAUGAACUACGGCAUUCUGGGUUCCAUAAUUGCCCACGAAGUAUCCCAUAUAUUCAUGAGGGCCCAACACGGAGAUUCGCCCCACGGGGAGCUCAGAAGUUGGUGGUCCACUAACAGUCUGGCGAAUUACGAUGAGAAACUACAAUGCCUAUCCAAUCAGUACGGCAAGUUUAGAGUUACCAAAUUAAAUGGCAAACACCUUAGUCAAGAAAGAAUCCAUGAUGAAGAUAUGGCAGAUUUGGCAGGUAUAAAAGUCUCUUACGAUACUUAUAACACUUAUGUACGCCAAAACGGCGCCCAACCACUACUUUCCGGUUUAAAAUACUCUCCCAAUCAACUAUUCUGGAUAUCAGCCGCCAUACGGCACUGUUCCAAAGAUUCGCCGGAAGGACUGGACAGAUACCACGAGAAUUAUCAAAGAUCUCCAAACCAGGUUAGAAUAAAUGGAGCGAUGCAGAAUUUAAAAGAAUUUGCUUUCGAUUUUGGAUGUCGAAAGGACAGCAAGAUGAAUCCUGAGCAUAAAUGCGUUGUUUGGUGAUUGGAAAUGAUAUUUUAAUUUUGUAAUUUUUGUAAUAUAUUUUAGUGG